UAGAAUUGGCCAACAAAUCAGCAGGCCACGUGAUUCCUGAUGGAAGCAAUGUUUUGACAAUCCGCCAGGCCCAUUGGCACGUAUGCAUGCUUGCAUGCAACCAGGCUUCCGAUCUCGACCUUCUCAAGUCAAAAGUGCCCGUGAGCCCCGUCCACGACCUGACCAGCCAAUCCGCUCGCCACCAAUAUUCUCGAACGCCAACAUGGAUUCCACCUUCCGGCAAUUGACCCGUGGCAUUCAUUUUAACACGCGACGGUUUAAGCCCGAAUCCAUUCAGUUGGGUCUGAAAAAGCCGUCUGCGCCCGUUGAUCCCAGCGUCAUCCGGCCGGCGGCCAAUUUAGACCGUUGGCCUACGCCUCAAGCUAGUAGCGAGUCGGAUCCUGACGACGGGGAUUCCGACUCCGAAUCGCCGGCCACGGCCCGCCCACCGGCCACCCUCACGUUAUUAGGUCCCAUCAAGGCCUCCAAUUCUGCCACCGUCCGCCCCAAAUCGGGGGGUCGCUUAAAAGGCGUGGCCAAACGGGCAAUAUUGCGACGGGAGCAAGUCAAUCAUUUUCGCAAUGUUCACCGGAUUCACGCCUCGGGCCCGGAUCUACCCGAGCCCAUUGAUCAAUGGGAUCGUCUCCAUUCAGAUUACGGUUUCCAUCCCGCUCUGAUGGCCGCCAUUCAAUCCACCUAUAUCACGCCCACACCCAUUCAAAUGCAAGUCAUUCCAGCUAUGCUGGAACGCCGUGAGGUUUUGGCUUGCGCACCCACGGGUUCCGGGAAAACGGCGGCUUUUCUGAUCCCCUUGGUUCAUCUGUUGGGUCAAGCCAGUUCGGAUGGCUUUCGAGCCGUGAUCAUCGCGCCCACCCGCGAAUUAGCCCUACAAAUUCAUCGAGAAGCCGUGCGACUGGGCCAGCCUUUGGGAUUGCGAGCCCUGGUUUUGGACCCCACGAACAAGACCACGCAGAAGUUCAAACCCGAAAGCGGCAAUCGCUUCGAUCUGAUCGUGUCCACUCCUAAUCGUCUGGUCCAUUUGAUCCAAGAUGAGGCCAUUGUGCUCGAUCAGUUGGAGUGGCUCAUUGUAGACGAGUCGGACAAACUGUUUGAAUCCGGUGUGAAGGGCUUCCGUGAUCAAUUGGCCACCAUUUACCGGGCGUGUGAGCAGGCAGCCAUCAAGCGCGCCAUGUUCAGCGCCACCUUGGCCGUGGAUGUGGAGAAAUGGUGCCAGCUCAAUCUGGACAACGUGCUGACCAUCACGAUUGGCGCCCGCAAUUCCGCCACCAGCACCAUCCAGCAAAAGCUCGUGUACACGGGCACGGAAAAAGGCAAGCUUUUAGCCUUUCGUCAACUGAUUCAAGAUGGGAUCAAACCCCCCGUGUUGGUGUUUGUUCAAACCAAGGAUCGAGCCAAGGAACUUCACGCUGAGUUGGCCCAAGAGAACGUCCACGUGGACGUGAUCCACUCGGAUCGAUCUCAGUUACAACGCGAUCAGGCUAUCACCUACUUCCGAUCCGGUCAGGUGUGGAUUUUAAUUUGCACUGAACUUAUGGGCCGUGGGAUCGACUUCAAAGGUGUCAAUCUGGUUAUCAACUACGACUUUCCACCCUCCACGUUCAGCUAUAUUCAUCGAAUCGGUCGCACGGGUCGGGCGGGUCGGGCGGGACAAGCCAUCACUUUCUUCACGGAUCAGGACAAGACGUUGCUGCGUAGCAUCGCCACCAUUAUCAAGGAGUCCGGCGGGGAAGUGCCCGAUUAUAUGCUCAAGAUCAAAAAGGCCAGUCGACAAGAGAAACGUAAACUGGCCAAGCACGCCGUGGAACGGGAAUCAAUCAAACGCGAGUCCAAAUUCGAUCGAAGUCAACGCAUCAAGAAGGAAGCCAUGAUUGAGGCCAGCAAGCGACGGAAACGGAAAAGUAACGAGCCCGUUACCAAUCCAAAGAAGCGAACGAAAAAGAAUGACAAGAAAGAAAAGCCUUCUAAAAAAAAGAAGAGCGAUCAAUAAAUGCCAGCAAACUCAUUAGAAAAGAAAAAAAACAUCUCAGCGGCAGGCUUAAUAACCCGUUUCCCCUAUGUUUUUUUCAG